AAUACUUUACUUUCCUUUUUAUAAAUUCAAGCCAAGAACAUCAAAGCUAGAGAGAAAGUUAAAAAGGAGAAAGAGGCUUGAAGCAUAAGCAUCUGACUCAAAAACAGAGAAAAUAAUCAAUUAAUUGAAAGAGGAAAGGAGUUGAGCUUUUUAGCAGCAGCAGCCAUGGCGGAUGAAUUUCAAUUAGGCAGUACUGGUAACUGGUGCGAUACAUCAAGAAACAGAUUUGACACUACUUCAUCAUCACAAUCUUCGAUUUCUGCAACGUUAAGUAACAACAAGAAAUUAACCUUUGAAUGGCCAACAGAAAUGUCCGAGAUCAAUCCAAGGUCUUCCAUGGAUUCUUCAUCAGUUUUUCCAUUUUCCAAGUUGCAAGAGCGGGAUGCCAAUUUACAAGUGAUGGGAUUAGGCCUUUCUUCUCAAGGAAUGGACUGGAAUCACUCUUUACUAAGUGAAAAGGCUAUGCUUCAAGAAGAUGCGAAUUUUCAGCAAGAAGCUGGGGGAGCAUCUUCUCAAGACCAGCGGACCGGGCAGAAAAUAUAUUCCGACUGUGCUGAGAAUUCUUCAGUUAUGAAUGAUUUUAAGCAAAUAAACCGGGGUUUUUCUUUAGACCAGCCAGAAUACAGUUCCCAAGUGAGCUCUAACGACACUGGAGGAACAAUAUCUCAGGGCUUAACGACUAGUUUUCAGAUGGAAUCUGCUGCAUAUGGCUUGUUAUUAUCCGAUAAUCAGCCCCAUCAAUCCACUUAUGAAAAUCAGGCAAUGAAUUAUCCAGGACCUUAUCCAACUAUCUAUGGGGCCACCAAUGGCGAAUUGUUUCCUUCGUGGUCUAAAAUUUUUCCUUUUUUGAGAGCAUCCGCCCCAAAACAGCCACCCUCAGGCCACCUACACUUCACCAACAACACUCCUUUCUGGAAUGCAUCUGCGGCUGCCAUUGAUGACGUUCGACCGAGCUUCUUCCCGUCCCUACAACCUCAACUUCCAACACCUCCCUUUCACGAAAAACCAAAGAUCACAAUGGAAACUCGAGAUGUCGGUAUGAUAACAAAGAAAAACACGACCGAAACGUCAAAUAAAAGAUCUCGGAGCGAAACACCAUCACCUUUACCAGCUUUGAAGGUAAGGAAAGAGAAGAUGGGGGACAGAGUCACUGCACUUCAACAAUUAGUUUCGCCUUUCGGAAAGACUGAUACGGCAUCCGUGCUUUCUGAAGCUAUCGAAUAUAUAAAGCAUCUCCAUGAUCAAGUCAAUGUGUUAAGUACCCCAUAUUUAAAAAGUGGAGUCCCCUUACAGCACCAGCAGAACUCGGAUAAAUUCAACGAUCCAGAUCAAUGGCAGGCGCAAGAUCUUAAAAGUCGAGGACUAUGUUUAGUGCCAGUUUCUAGCACUAUCCCCGUCACACACGAAACAACAACUGAUUUUUGGAAUCCUACAUUUGGAGGGACUUUCAGAUAAAGAAGCACAAGAUCAAGCCAACAAGAAGAUAUUAUCAAACCCUAUUACAAAAUCAGGAAAUGAAAAUUUAAUUAAUAACAGUACUGUAAUAAUUGAAGAAUUAUUAUUAAGGAUUGGUUAGGAAUGAUGAAUAGAUGUAUAAAAAAGAGAGCAAGUGUUGGUGUUAGUUUAGAAGGAAUGUGUUGUCUGUAGCUGAAUUUAGAUGAUAAAGAAGCUUUUGUUUCUGAAUCUGUUUUGUGCAAAGAGCUGGCAUUUACUUUAGUUGUAAAGAAAUGAAGGAAUAAUUGAAUUCCAGAACAGGAGUGAGUGAGUGUGUUGUGUGAUCA